CCCCCGGGAGCCGUUUCCUGACCCGGCCCGAGCCGCUCGCCCCGCGGAGCCCCCGAGCCGGGGCCGGGCGGGGGACGCAGAGCCUGGGGCCGGCCCGGCCCGGCGGGAAGAUGCCCAGCGGGGGCUCGGCUCAGAAACACAGAAACGCCAGCACCGGCCUUGUGCCAGCCGGAAGAGGUUUGGUUACAGGUCUUAGAGCCACCCAACAAUAAGAUGCCUCCGGCAAAGAUGUGACUGAAAAUGCACCCGUGUGUGGAGGGCCAGCGCUUGUGGUGUCAGUGGUGCACAGCGCCAGCCGUGAACGUCACCUCUGGCCCCAGUGACGUUUGAGGACGUGGCGGUCUAUUUCUCGCCGGAGGAGUGGAAGGAGUUAGCGGAAUGGCAGAAAGAACUGUACUGGGACGUGAUGAAGGAGAAUUAUGAGCUCGUCACCUCGCUAGUAGAUGAUGAGAUUGUGAAUGAAAGUAUGGAGGAGAAGAAUCAGGAGGAAGAUGCUGAAAACCUGCUUCCAGUCAAGACCUUUUCAGUGAAACCUGAAGAGAAAGUUUCCCAAAGUUCAGUAAAGGUGAAAAACUGCCUGGGUCAGAGCAAACUCCAGACAACGCAGAGAAACUCUGCAGGGAACACACAAGGGCUAUCCACAAACAGCACGGCUCAGCAGAAAGCCCAGUUGACGGAGAGACCAGACGCCCUUCAGGAAUGCAAGCGAAGCUGUGUGGAGAAGACAGAUCUCCUGAUACGACAGAGGAACCACAAGAGGGAGAGGCCGUUUCCCUGCAGCGAGUGUGGGAAAUGCUUCUCUCAGAAAGGGGACCUGAAGAUCCACCUGAGAAUCCACACGGGGGAGCGGCCGUACACGUGCACCGAGUGCGGGAAAAGCUUCACCCAGCGAGGAUACCUGAAGAUUCACCUGAGGCUGCACACGGGGGAGAAGCCCUUUCCGUGCACCGAAUGCGGGAAACGGUUCCCGUCGAAGGGGGAUCUCAAAAUGCACCAGAGGAAGCACACGGGGGAGCGGCCCUUUCUGUGCAGUGAGUGUGGGAAGAGCUUCACUCGCAAGGUGGACCUCAAAGUCCACCAGAGGAAGCACACGGGGGAGAGGCCCUUUGCUUGCACCGAGUGCGGGAAGAGUUUUACUUCCAAGGGCUAUCUCAAGAUACACCUGGGACAACACAAGGGGAAGAGGCCGUUCAUGUGUCUGGAGUGCGGGAAAAGCUUCAUUUCCAAGGGCUCCCUCAAGGCGCACCAGAGAAUCCACACGGGCGAGACACCCUUCACGUGCACCGAGUGUGCGAAGAGCUUCACCACCAAGGGCUAUCUCAAGAUACACCAGAGGCUGCACACGGGGGAGACCCCGUAUCCCUGCGCCGAGUGCGGGAAGCGCUUCACCACCAAGGGCUAUCUGAAGAUACACCAGAAAAUCCACACGGACGGGACCCCCUUCAUCUGCAGUGAUUGCGGGAAGAGCUUUGCCACCAUGCGAUAUCUCAAGAUGCACCAGAGAAGCCACACAGGGGAGACCACGUUCACCUGCGCGGAGUGUGGGGAGAGCUUCGCCCAGAAGGGCUAUCUCCGCAUCCACCAGCGGAUGCACACAGGGGAGGGCCUGUACACCUGCUCUGACUGUGGGAAAAGCUUCACUGCCAAGUACCUGCGGAUCCACCAGCGAAUGCACACGGGGGAGCGGCCCUUCACUUGCACGGAGUGUGGGAAAAGCUUCACCGCGGAGGGGUCUCUGAAAAUCCACCUCAAGAUUCACAGCAGGGUGCUGCUGAGUAUAUGCACUGACUGCGGGAAAAGCUUCUCCUCCAUGCGCUAUCUCAAGGUGCACCAGAAAACCCAUUCCCAAGAGCCAGCGACGCUACCCAGCGAAAGGGGGGACGGUUUCCCGCAGAAGGCGCUUGCCGCUGUCCCUCAGAAAGCCCACAGAGAAAUGAUCUCAUUUACCUGCCAGGACUGCGGGAAAAGCUUCUGCCAGAAGUCUAAUUUAAUAACGCACCAGAAAGCCCACGCGCAGGAGAGACAGGUUCUCACACACAGGCCCAGCGCCGGCCCUGCGGCCACUCCACCGACAUCCGUGAAGUUGCACCCAGUGAAUUUGGCUCAGGAAGUUUUAAGAGCAGGGAAAGAUCAUCUCGACCCAAAUCCCUAUCCCCUGGUCAUGGAUUUAAAGCCCAGCUUCCCGUUUGCUCUGCAGACCUGUCCACUUUCCCCAGGAGUAAAUCUAGGUGUCUCUUGAGCUCCCAUGGCAUCCCGCUCCUGCUGACGAUGUAUCCCGUGUGGUUAUUGUUACCUUUUGCAUGGUGUAGCUCUGCCCAGGUUCCUCCAUGUGCUCCCAAUUCCUAACCCUCCCCUAUUGCACCCUUCCAA